UGCAGGCCCUGAGGAAAAGUGCUGGAAAAGGAAGACAGAGAGAGGGGUGGCAGGAAGGAAAAGAUGUCCGCAGUGAGACAGAUGCUUUGCCCCAGGUCCUGCAGAAAUCAAUCAUCUCAGACAAUGCGUGGGAGCGCAUGAGGGCCCUGCAGACCUUCUCCCAACUGCUGGCUGCUUCUGAAGAGCUUCGAAGAGGAGAUGCCUGCAAGCACUUUGGCUCCUUGGUGGGAUUGCUGGCACCUCUGACAUGUGAUCCCAUGCCCACAUCCCGCCAAUUGGCUGUCUCCUGUCUGCACUCCCUUCUCCAAAUCCAAGCCAAGGAGACCAACACAAUUGAGACAGGAGACAUCAGGAGCCUGUGCGAGGGGCUGCAUGCCUGCAGCACCACCUCUCAGCUCCAGACCUCUUCCAAAAUUGCAAGGGUAAGUGGACCCAAAAAGGGGUGUGGGAUCUCAGUGCAUAGGCUUCUGCAUGACCCUAAGCUGCCCCCAGCUUCUCACACCAUUUCCAAAAUGAGCUGUCACCCUGAGACUUUUCUCAGCAAGUAGCUGGAGGCUCUGAGCUAUGUCUGGC